AUGACGCGCCGCAGGAGCGAAGCAUUCGGCUCCAAGCCAGUCCUGCUCCUCCUUCACGGUGCAGGCAGCUCAGCCGCCAUCUUUCGAAUUCAAACACAUUUCCUGGCAAAAGCCCUCAGCCCCUACUUUGACCUCAUCUACGUGGACGCCCCACUGCGGAGCGCCCCGGGGCCGGGGAUCCUGCCGUAUUUUCAGGGCAUGGAGGCCUACUACCGGUGGUUCGGCGCCGGGGUCGAGAAGAACAUUUCAGCCAGCAAGAAUGCACAAGACUCAGAUUCUUUCCUAUCACCAGAGACUGCGGCGUCUCCCCGACGCCCGUCCGCCACAGAACACAAGCGCAGAGGGUCUACGUCGGUCCGAGCCCGCGGGCCCGGCCGGCGAGGCGUCUCUCCAGCUGCAGCCAUCAGCGCCGCUGCGUCGCUGGGGCUUAACCUCCCUCGCGGCGCCGAGGGCCUGAGCCGUGGCGUCAUGGGCCUGCUCGACAUCGCCAACCAGAGCAUCCCCCAGCAGCUCGAGGCGCAGGGCGUCCGCAGCCGGGACGUCGUGGGCGUGGUCGGCUUCUCACAAGGUGCACUAGCCGCCCUGGGCCUGCUCGGGGUCGAGCUGGCCAUCGGCUCGCCGCAGUGGAGCAACCUGCGAUUCUGCGUGGCCAUGGGCGGCGCGACGGGCGGAGGUGCCGCGCAGGCUGCCGUCACGGGGAUGAUGGCUGCUACGAACCUGCUCGGCGGCAACAAGCAAAUUCCACCAUCAGAUGCCUCAGCUGCAGUAGACUCAGAUGCGGACGCUCAGCUUUUCCCAGGCCACACCGUCCACGUCAUCGGACGCUGCGAUCCGUGGGUCAAAGAUAGUCGGCAGAUUGCGGGUAUGUGUAACCCAGGACGGACCAGAGUCGUGGAGUUUGAGGGCGGACACUGGGUGCCGCGAGAGAAACAUGACAUUUCGCGCGUAGUGGAUCUUAUUCUCGAGACCGAGUUGGACAGCCGGCGCGAGGCGGACGACUCGUCGAGUUCGUCGUCCGAGGACGAGGUCGAGGUGCUGUUGCGCAGGCUGGACGCCGUCUCGGUGAGAUCCUGA